AUGGAUGAAAAUGAUUCCUGGAAGGAUCGUUGUGUCGAGAAAGGAUUGACACUACCGCCAAAAGAAGUUCUAGAGUACAUGCAUGAACAGGGCCACGCUUUCGACUUCGCCCACCUCUUUGAACACACCGAUAAACAAAAAAUCGAUCCAUAUGGAAACAAUCUCCUGUUACAUUUACCUCUUAAACCAAAUGAGGCAAAGGAUUUCGCGAUUAGGAAAACUUGGCUAAUGUAUGAAGGGAAUUCUUGCACUCAUGAAAGUCCAAUUGUUGGUUAUGACGUGAAAGGUGAAAGUGAUGAUCCAAUCGAAUGCUUGUCCACCUCGUGUCAAUGGGGUUAUCGAAAGUUGGAGAUCGAUUUGGAGAAAUGCGGGAUUGAGCCAUGGAUCCUCGACAAUCUUAAGCCGAUCAUCGUUAUCGAAGAGAAACACGCACCGCGAAACGAUUGCGGAGCUAUGUAUAGAUUUUCAGCUAAACUACUCGCUUAUGGAACAGAUCACUCAACUCAUUCGGGUUCUGAAGUGGAAAUUGAACGAGAAUAUCGACAAUGGGCAGGAGAACCUUGGACACGUGAAGAGAUGAGGCUGAUCUGCAAAAGGGGACAUCGACGACUCAUCUUGUGCAGUGAGGGAAAGGAUACCCGGGAUUGGGCCGGGAAUUACGGGAUGAAAUUCACCGAUACGAAAGUGCGAAUCGAGUUUCUCGAAAAGUUGCCUGAAGUGAAGGAAAUGGUGACGAAAAAAGAGAAAAAUUCAAAACAUCGAAAACAUCGAGAUCAUAGAAAACAGGAGGCGGAUGAUAAAGAAAAGGUAAAAUUUGCUAAAAACGAGAGCCAAAGCAAUUCGACCAAUCCGUUUGAGAACUAUCAACAAAUCUGCAGCCAAUUCCAUUUGGAAAUCAAUGAAAAGAUUAGGAGAUUGAAAAAGAAACUCAAAAAAUCGACGAAAAAUGGGAUUGGUGGAGAAGAAGCGAUGGAAAAGAGAGAAGAAGCUGAGAAGAAAUUCGAGGAAAUCUCUGAAAUGUACCUUCCAUACUUGCGUAUAUAUGCGACCGAGUUAGAGCAACUUCUCGACGAGACAAAUGGC